AUGGCGUCCGUCAGCUCGUCCUCCACCUAUCGCUCGGAGCGGAUCAGCACCUACAGCCAGAACGCCCCCCCGGCCGAGCCCUGCUUUGAGCCCCGGGGGUGCUUUGGAGAGGAGGACAGGAGCUCCCUGCGCCACGGCCCCUUCGCCGCACGGGCCCAUGACUCUUAUGGAUACACAGGAUCCCCGGGGUCCAUGCGCCCCUGCAGCCUAGGCAGCAACGUGCGAGCCGGGGGCGACACGUACCAGGUGACGGCCGACGUGAGCCAGUUCGAGCCGCAGGACGUGGUGGUGACCACGUACAACUACCACAUCAUCAUCCAGGCCGAGAAGGUGGCAGAGGAUGGCACCGUCUCCAACACGUUCACCCACAAGUGCCAGCUCCCCGAGGACAUGGACCCCAUGUCUGUCAGCUGCGCCCUCACCGAUGCAGGCCUGCUGGUCAUCAACGCCAAGCGCGGCGCAGCUGCCAAGGCGGGCGAGACGCCCCCACCGCUGUACCGCACCGAGGUCAAGCUGUGA